CCAUCAGUAGAAGAAGAAUCAUUUGACUGCUGGUAGGCGCGUUUAUCGCUUGUUCCUGCGUCGAUGUUUGAUGUUGUAUUGUUCAAAACACAACUGACAGCUGCCUGAGCCAUGAGUGAGUUCAGGAUCCACCACGAUGUGAACGAGCUGCUCAGCCUGCUGCAUGUCCGAGGAGGAGAUGGAGCAGAGGGGUACAUAGACCUCCUGCAGAAACACAGGACCCCCUAUGUGACCACCACGGUGUCUUCUCACAGUGCCAAGGUCAAAUUAGCGGAGUUCUCCAAAACCCCUGAGGACUUGAGGAAGUACGAGGAGCUCAAGUCCAAAAAUGUCAGAAACCUGGACCCUCUUGUCUAUCUGCUCUCCAAAUUCUGUGAGGAUAAAGAGAUGCUCCAGUGUCUGCAGCAGAAUGCUAAAGAGCGGGCUGAGUCCUCAUCAAACACGACUUCCACGACCACCACCAGUUACACUCUACCUCAGACCAGCACCAAGAUGUCCAUGCAGGAACUGGACGAGCUGAGGAAGAAGCUCGGGAAUGUGACGGCCAGCUCCAACGCUCCUCUGCCCGCUGAAGUCACCCGCAAGAUGCUGAGAGACAAACACAAUAAAAAGAACCCGACUCAGCCCAACCCCGUGUUUCCUAACUGGGUGUACGAACGACCUGCUCUCCUCGGAGACUUCAUCACCAGCCUGACUCCUCCAGGAGAUCCAGCUGUGGCCAUCGGUACGAUGCCCCCGGCUGCUCAGGAACAAGCUCUGGUGGAGGAUCUGCUGUUUGUCCUGGUGGGGGUGGAUGGGCGGGACAUCACAGCUCAGCCCGUGCUGGGGAGACAGAACCGCUCCUUCAUCGUCGACUCGACUCUGGACAUGUCCGUCAAAGAGCUGGUCAACAGGAUACUACCUGUGGCGUCGUAUUACUCCACCAUAACACGCUUCAUUGAGGAGAAGUCGUCCUUUGAGUAUGGCCAGGUGAACCAUGCGCUGACGGCGGCCAUGAGGACUCUGAUGAAGGAGUACCUGAUUCUGGUCACACAGCUGGAGCACCUGCAGCGACAGGGCCUGCUGUCCCUGCAGAAGCUCUGGUUUUACAUCCAGCCCACCAUGAGGACCAUGGAGAUACUGGCCUCCAUCGCGUCCUCGGUGGACAAAGGAGAGUGCAUGGGGGGGUCGACGCUGAGUCUUCUUCACGAUCGGACCUUCAACUACACCGGGGACAGCCAGGCUCAGGAGCUGUGUCUCUACCUCACCAAAGCAGCCAGUGUCCCUUACUUUGAGAUCCUGGAGAAGUGGAUCUACAGAGGCAUCAUCAAAGAUCCGUACAGCGAGUUCAUGGUGGAGGAGCAUGAGCUGCAGAAAGAGAAAAUCCAGGAGGACUACAACGACAAGUACUGGGAUCAGAGAUACACAAUCGUGCAGCAUCGGAUUCCCUCCUUUCUGCAGAAAAUGGCAGACAAAAUAUUAAGCACAGGCAAAUACCUGAACGUGGUGCGGGAGUGCGGGCGCGAUGUGACCUGUCCCGAUGCUAAGGAGGUCUUGUACACGCUGAAGGAGCGGGCGUAUGUGGAGCAGAUCGAGAAGGCUUACAACUACGCCAGCAAGGUGCUGUUAGCCUUCCUCAUGGAGGAGAAGGAGCUGGUUUCACGCCUCAGAUCCAUCAAGCACUACUUUUUCAUGGACAAAGGUGAUUUCUUUGUGCACUUCAUGGACCUGACGGAGGAGGAGCUGAAGAAGCCGGUGGACGACAUCGUUCCUCCCCGACUCGAGGCGCUCCUGGAGCUCGCUCUCAGGAUGAGCACGGCCAACACGGACCCCUUCAAAGACGACCUCAAGAUCGACCUGAUGCCUCAUGACGUCAUCACUCAGCUGCUGCGAGUUCUCGCCAUCGAGACCAAACAGGAGAAAGCCAUCAUCAACGCGGAACCGACGGACACAACUCUGAGCGGGCUGGAGGCGUUCUCCUUCGACUACAUCGUCAAAUGGCCGCUCUCUCUCAUCAUCAACAGGAAAGCUCUGACGAGGUACCAGAUGUUGUUCCGACACAUGUUUUACUGCAAACACGUCGAGCGGCUCCUCUGCAACGUGUGGAUCAGCAACAAAGACUUCAAGCAGUACUCCAUACCGUCUCCAAAGUGGUUUGCUGCCGCGUUCGCCCUGCGACAGCGCAUGCUCAACUUUGUGCAGAACAUCCAGUACUACAUGAUGUUCGAGGUGAUGGAGCCCACCUGGCACAUCAUGGAGAACAAUCUGAAAACAGCGUCAAACAUCGAUGACGUGCUCUGCCAUCACACCAGUUUCCUGGACAACUGCCUGAAGGACUGCAUGCUGACCAACCCCGAGCUCCUCAGGAUCUUCUCCAAACUCAUGGCCGUGUGCGUCAAGUUCACAAACUGCAUGCAGCGUUUCACUCAGAGCAUGAGGUUAGAGCGUCUCUCUCUGGAACAAGGCACCAUGGACGCUCCUUCCACGCAGAGCGAACACGCUGAAGAGGCAGAGAAGAAGAGACGAACCUCAAAGUUGUUAGCGGAGUACGUGGACACGCUGCACUCAGACGCAGGCUUUGAAGCCACGAUCAGUAAGUUCGACAGCAGCUUCAGCACGCUGCUGCUCGACCUGCUGGACAAACUGAGCAUCUACAGCACCAACGACUGUGAGCACAGCAUGAUCAGCAUCAUCUACAGGCUGGACUUCAACGGUUUCUACACUGAGCGACUCGAGAGGAUGGCCAUAGAGCGCAGUCAGAAAGCAGCGGUGUAGCAUCUUAUCUCUCUCUGUGUCCCUCAGGAGUAAAAAUAAAAACGUCCUUUCAUCAUGUGUCUCCAUCACUCCAACCGCUCACAUCUGUACCUUACAGACGCUGGCUGUUGAGUCACAGAGCUAAAGCUUCAGUGUGAAUAUUAUAUAAAGUGUAUGAAAUGUAGAGUUAAAGUCUAAUGUUUGCAGACUCAUUUCAAUGCUUCAAAUUGUACAUUAUAAAAAGUGGAACUAGUGUUUAAUCUGCUCUGGAAGUGUAAGUCAUGACACUCUUUGUGGGAAACUGUAAAAUGAAAAUGUAUGUUUGUAUUCAUUAAAGAAAGACUUUACUGACUGAAUUAAAUAUUCAGAACUUU